GCUUUUUGUUUGUUCAGACAGCUUUCAAAUUUGAAACUAUUUUGUCUAAAAUUGUGUUUACAGCCUUGUAAAUCGAAAAAUGUAUAAUCAAGGAGGAGGAGGUGGUGGUGCUGGUGCUGAUAAGGAGAAAAAACGGAAGGAGAGCAUUGUUGACCUCUCAAAAUACCUUGAAAAGCCAAUUCGGGUCAAAUUUCAAGGUGGCAGAGAAGCAUCUGGAAUCUUAAAAGGGUAUGACCCUUUGUUGAAUCUGGUAUUGGAUAAUACUACAGAAUUCCUAAGAGACCCUGAUGAUGCAUACAAGCUCACAGAUGACAGACGCUCAUUGGGUCUUGUUGUUUGUCGUGGUACGGCUGUAGUUGUAAUAUGUCCCACUGAUGGCAUGGAAUCCAUUUCAAAUCCUUUCAUUUCUCAUGAAACUUAGCAAAUAAAAGUCAUUUUCUGCGACUUUGUUUUUCUUGUAAAUACUUGCUGUUGAAUAAAAAAUUUUCUAAGUA